AUGUUCAUGUCCGUGCUUGUGACCGUGUUCGUGUCCGUGCUUGUGGAUGGUGGUGGCCGUGCUUAUGUCCAUGUUCGUGCUUGUGUCCAUGCUCGUGCUUGUGAUCAUGUCCAUGAUGAUGAUGAUGACCAUGCUUGUGUCCAUGCUCGUGUUUGUGGUCAUGUCCGUGUUUAUGUUCAUGACCGUGUUUAUGUCCGUGCUCAUGUUUGUGUUCAUGCCCAUGAUGAUGACCAUGCUCGUGCUUAUGACCAUGCUCAUGCUUAUGACCAUGCUCGUGUUUAUGACCAUGUUCGUGCUUAUGACCAUGUUCAUGUUUGUGGCCGUGUUCAUGUUUAUGUCCGUGUUUGUGAUCAUGCUUGUGGUCAUGUCCGUGUUUAUGUUCAUGUCCAUGAGAAUGAUGAUGAUGAUGGUGAUGGUGAUGAUGAUGCUCUUGCUUGUCCUUAA